GCAAGAUCCUCAUUCAUGAGCAUGUCUUGUGGCCACAAAAUAACACUCCCCUAGCGACUUGGUCAGAUCUUCUGAUGCUUGGCCUUAUGAACGGAUGCGAGCGAACGAUUGGAAUGUGGAAGGAUGUUAUCGAACCUGUUGGUCUUGUUAUCAGCGAGGUGUACACAUCUGUAUCAUCGCCACAUAGUAUUCUUGAGCUCAAAUUGAUUUAGACGGCAAAUAAGCACCUUGAAGUUGGUCCAUGCGCCUGCAUUUGCGGCACGCAAGGGAUGGCAUCUGCGAAGAUUUACUUAUCAGCCAUUGUCUUUCAACCUCUUCCUGAAUUGUUGAGUGCUGAUUUCUUGGAACACUCCAUCAUCAUGAAGUACUACGACGAGGAUUGGACACAAAUUCAAGCCAUACUGCGAGCAAGAUCGUUCUCUCAGCCAGUGAACAGAUUCCAUAUACGCGAGCCCUGGAUAGCAUUGAGCCCGCUGCUCAGUACCAUGAUGUGUGAUGCAAGUACAGUGGCCGGCGGUCCACUGUCGUUGACAGAACGAGACGUCAUUUUGGAGUACACAGUUCGCGAGGCGAACACCGUUACACGAGCUCUUGUCAAAGUAAACACGGCAACUAUGGUUUUGACAGGGACCGCUGCAUGGUGUGAUAGGAAGAAGUCCGCCUUUCUUCAUCGACAACCAAAGGUUCCAUACGCGUUUGUAUCUCCUCUCGUAUGCGAUAUUGCCGGGAGAUUAAGUUGUCUCGCAACUGAUAUCUACCUCAUGUCCAAAAUGACACCAUUGCCUUCUGAGAUCGUCUAAGACACUCGAAUGCAUACUUUCAAGGACUCUCUGAUCGCCCGGAGUCGCCAGCUCGGCGGUGAUCGGCCACAUCUUUUGCGCGACAAGAACUCGAAGCUAUCGUUCUCCCCUCGCCAAUGGUUCACAGAGGGGUUGCCAGAAGCUCCGUCCGAGUUCAGACAACGAGUUCUCAAG